AUGGACGCACUAUUACCAAAGAAAAUUGGAGGAAGGUUAAUUGUAGUUCAUAGCACCUUACCACUUUCUCUAAAGAAACAAAAACUUGGAAUGUGGACAUUUCAUGAUAGAAACCUAAGUGCAUUGGUAUCAUCAAUUACAUCUUUAAAAGAAAAAAAGAUUAUCGAUGGACAUUUAUGGGUUGGAUGUCCAACAACAAUGGAAGGUUCAUUGAUGGUAGGUGAAACAAUUCAAGACAGAGAGGCACUCAACAUUUUAUUAAAGGAAAAUAGUUGUGUAUCGGUUGACAAGGUAUCACCACAACUCUACGAUGAGGCAUGUGUGCAAUUCUCUAAAAACUUUUUAAAACCUCUGUUUCACUAUGACAUUUCAAAUAGUACAUUCCACAAUCCACAUUGGAAAGCAUACAAAGAAUUUAAUAGAAUCUUUGCUAGAAAAAUAGCUCAUAUCUAUAGACCAGGUGAUACUAUUUGGGUUCAUGGAAAAGAAUUAUUUUUAUUACCAAUGUAUCUUAGAACUUUAAUACCAAAUAGUUUGGUUGGAUUUUAUCUUCAUUGUCCAUUUCCAGCGGUAGAAGUUUAUAGAUGUUUAUCGAGAAGAAAGAAAAUAUUACAAGGAUUGUUGGGUGCUGAUUUGGUUGCAUUUCAAUCAUACACCUAUCUCAGAUAUUUUGUUCAAUCUUGUACAAGAAUUCUCGGUGCUCCAGCAGGCUAUGAUGGAGUGAGAUAUAGAAAUGAAAAGAUUGGAAAGGAUCAUCUUUCUCAUGUAGCAGUCUACCCAGAGGGUAUUGAUCCAACAGAAGCUCAAAAAAUAUUACUUUUCCCAGAUGUUCAACAAAGAAUUUCUGAAUUAAAAGAAACCUUUAAAGGUAAAAAGAUUUUAUUUGCAAAAGACCAAGCAGAAGCAAUUGAAGCAACAAAGAUGAAAUUAUUGGCAUUUGAAAGGUUUCUUAGAGCUAAUCCAGAAUGGAUUGGAAAUGUUGUAUUUUUAUUGGUAUGCGAACCUACAAAAGGUGAUGGCAAGGUAAUGUCGAUCAUUAACGAGACUGUUGCUAGAAUCAAUGGUGAAUUUAGUCGUGUUGGAUUUAUUCCAAUCGAAUACAUGUCUAGACACAUGGACUAUGAAGAUAUAUGUGCAUUUUAUUACAUCUCUGAUGUCUUUGUAUCCACUCCUCUCAGAGAAGGAAUGAAUCUUGAUACUCAUGACUUUGUAUCAUGUCGUAGUGAUAACCCAGGUGUAUUAAUUCUUUCAGAAUUUGAUGGUGCCUCUAGAUGUUUUGGUGGAGCUAUCAGUGUUAAUCCAUGGAGUUUAUCACAAGUUUCAAAAUCAAUUCAUGAUGCAUUGACAUUAUCAUCUGAAGAAAUAACAAUCAAACAUGAAUACAAUCUCAACUAUGUACUUACCAACACCAGUUUAUUUUGGGGUAAUGCCUUUAUCCAUGAUUUGUUUUCAUCAAGCAAUCAAUUCCUAUUUAAUAAUGAUCCAAGAUUAUUAGAUGUUCAAGUUUUAGAUCAAUCCUAUAGAUUGGCUUCAAAAAGAUUAUUAGUAUUUGAUUAUGAAGGAACAUUUUCAGCAAUCUCUACAAAGAGUGAAAAGUUAAGAUCAAGAUUCUCAUUGAUUUUAAAGAGAUUGGCAUCAGAUCCAAAGAAUACUAUUUAUAUGGUGACUAGUCGUGACUCUGUAACGAUGGAGACUAUAUUGCAGGACAUCCCAGAGAUUGGGUUGGCCAGUGAACAUGGUAACUUUUUAAAGUCAUCGACUGGUAUCCCAGCACCUGGACAAUCGGGACUGGACGUAUCGGCUGAAUGGAAAUGCCUCUCUGAAGGAGCCGACCUCAGUUGGAUACCCAUUGUCCAACCGAUUCUCGAAUUUUUUGCCGAGCGUACACCAGGCUCGGUACUCGAUGUCAGACAAGUGACACUCAGUUGGAACUAUCAGCAAUGUACCAACGAUCACUCUGACAAUCAGGCUCAAGAACUACUGAGCCAGCUCAUGGACAUGUCUUGCAAGAUCCCCAUCGACAUUAUCCACUCUAACAAGAUCAUUGAAAUCAAGCCAUCGGGCUUUGGCAAUGGCCAGGCCAUGCAAAUGAUCAUGCAAGAAAACUCGGACCUCGAUUUCAUUCUCUGUGUCGGUGACGAACGUACCGACAGCAAGAUGUUUGAGCAGCUUGACCGCGAAAACUCUAGCCAUUUCCCAAUCACCAUUGGCAAGAGUGACAGUGCUGCCAAGUACUAUGUUAACAGUCAAAGUCAAGCCAUUCGUGUAAUGGACCACAUCUCCUCUCCACUCAACAACAACAACGUAUCGCCUAUCCCCAUGGCACCCGUCCAGAUCAACAUAGUGUCGCCUACCAACAGCAAUACUCCAACCACAACUGCAACUGUUUUGAUCCAAAAUCCUAUUGGUCAUUAG